AAGUGGGUACACAAUGCGCCUCAAAUUUACGCGCAAUUCGCGGCAAGUUUUUCGAAUAAAGGAUAAGGAUGCGACGAGUUCGUUGAUGGAAUUUGUCGGCGUUGUGCGCGUCGCGUCGUCUGCAACAUGUUGCACAACAUGCGGCGGGGUGAAGUGAAAAUGUGUGUAUGGUGGUGGUGGUGGGUCUGCUGGCUGGCUGGCUGGCUGGGCAACAUUUUCAUUUUCGACUGCGUUUGUUACCACGAAAGACUUAAAUGCCGAACCGAACGAGUUCUUCAGUUGUUUACAAUUUGUCGUUGAGGGUGGAUUACUUCGUCGCGAGUUUCGUUCGUGCAUGAUGCGGUUGUGGUUGAUUGUAUACAUACAUACUAUGCACAAAUCCAGUUCUCAUUUUGUUAUUUUACAAAUUCUCAGCGAGCGCAUGAACUGGCAGCCUAUAGCGAGCAGCUAAUCACAAUAUUUACGGCAGAUUUCGUGGACUCAAGGAAACUCAACCAACACAGCCAAUCGAUUUUCUAGUGUUAUCGAAAAACAUUUUUCAUUCUUUCAUUUCGUUCACAAUCAAAUCGAAUCCAAUGAAAUGAAAUCAAAUCAAAUCAAAUCACAAAGUCACAUCGCAUCAGCUGAACCGAAUCGAAUCGCAUCGAGUCGAGUCGUCGUCGUCGUCGAUUCGUAUUGAAUCGAAUCGAAUCGUAUUGAAUCGUAUUGAAUUGAAUGGAAUCGCACUGAAACGAACGAGAAGGAAAGAAUAAUAAUAAUAGUACUAGUAACAAUACUAGUAAUACUGCAUAAGUAAUAGUAAGAGGAACAGGAACAGGAAGAGGAACAGGAACAGGAAUACACAUACUCAUAGCAAUAAUGAAUUGCUACAGAAAAAGGCACUUUCUAUUGUGGCUCUUGCGUGCAAUGUGUAUGUUGCACUUAACCGCGAGAGGUGCAUAUGCCACAGUUGGAUUGCAAGGAGUGCCGACAUGGAUAUACCUCGGCCUCAAGUCCCCGUUCAUCGAGUUUGGCAACCAGGUGGAGCAGCUGGCCAACUCCAGCAUACCACUGAACAUGACCAAGGACGAGCAGGCCAAUAUGCAUCAAGAGGGCCUCCGCAAGCUCGGUACGUUCAUAAAGCCAGUGGACCUGCGGGACUCGGAGACUGGCUUCGUUAAGGCCGAUCUCACCAAGAGAUUGGUAUUCGAUUCACCGAACAACAUUACAUCUCGCCCUAUUCACCCGAUACAGGAGGAGAUGGAUCAGAAGCAGAUAAUCCUGCUCGACGAGGAUACCGACGAGAAUGGCCUACCAGCCAGCCUCACCGACGAGGAUCGCAAGUUCAUAGUGCCCAUGGCGCUCAAGAAUAUAUCACCCGAUCCACGUUGGGCGGCCACCACACUGAGUCCCUCGCAGCCAUCGCAACCGAACGCUAAAGCCAUCUCGACCAUUGUGCCCUCGCCACUGGCCCAGGUGGAGGGGGAUCCCACGUCCAACAUUGAUGAUUUGAAGAAGCACAUACUCUUCUUGCACAACAUGACCAAGACCAACUCGAACUUCGAGUCGAAAUUUGUCAAAUUCCCGAGCCUGCAAAAGGACAAGGCCAAGACAACGGGAGCUGGGGGCACGCCCCCCAAUGCCAAGCGGCCCCAGCGGCCGAUUCAUCAGUAUUCCGCGCCCAUAGCCCCACCAACACCCAAGGUGCCUGUGCCUGACGGUGGUGGCGGUGGCGGAGGAGCAGUAGGAGGUGGAGGAGGAGUAGGAGCAGCAGCUUACAAUCCCGGAGAGCAGCCGAUUGGUGGCUACUAUCAGAACGAGGAGCUAGCGAAUAAUCAAUCCCAUCUUAAACCAACAGACACCGACUCCCAUCCAGCGGCCGCCAGUAACAAUCAUGGCCAGAAGAAUCCCAGCGAGCCCCAGGUGAUACUGCUCAACGAGACACUCUCCACAGAGACCUCGCUCGAAGCGGAGCGCAGUCCAUCGAUAAACCAGCCAAAGGCGGGCUCACCACUGCGCACAACAAAGCGACCACCCUGCCUGCGUAAUCCCGAGUCCCCGAAAUGCAUACGUCAGCGUCGCCGGGAGGAGCAGCAGCGGCAGCGGGAGCGAGACGAGUGGUUCCGCGGCCAGUCGCAGUACAUGCAGCCCCGAUUCGAGCCCAUCAUACAGACGAUUAACAAUACGAAGCGUUUUGCCGUAUCAAUCGAGAUUCCAGACUCCUUUAAAGUAUCCUCCGAGGGAUCGGAUGGCGAGUUGCUUUCGCGUGUGGAACGCUCGCAGCCCAGCAUUAGUAGUAGUAGCAGUAGUAGUAGUAGUAGUAAUAGGAAAAUCAUGCCAGACUAUAUUAAGGUAUCCAUGGAGAACAACACAUCCGUCACGGAUUAUUUUAAGCACGACGUUGUGAUGACAUCUGCCGAUGUCGCCAGCGAUAGGGAAUUCCUUAUCAAGAACAUGGAGGAGCACGGAGCAGCUGGCUCCGCGAACGGUCAUCACAAUGACACGACUCCAACUGUGGACGCCUACUCGGAGACAAUCGAUCUUAAUCCCAAUAACUGCUAUAGCGCAAUAGGCCUAAGCAACAGCCAAAAGAAGCAAUGUGUGAAGCACACCAGCGUGAUGCCGGCCAUAAGUCGGGGUGCCCGUGCCGCCAUCCAGGAGUGCCAGUUCCAGUUCAAGAAUCGCCGCUGGAACUGCAGUACAACGAACGAUGAGACCGUAUUUGGUCCCAUGACCAGCCUGGCCGCUCCCGAAAUGGCCUUCAUUCACGCCCUGGCCGCGGCCACCGUGACCAGCUUCAUAGCACGCGCCUGCCGGGAUGGGCAAUUGGCCUCCUGCAGCUGCUCCCGGGGCAGUCGACCCAAGCAGCUCCACGACGACUGGAAGUGGGGCGGCUGUGGCGACAACCUGGAGUUCGCCUACAAGUUUGCCACGGACUUUAUUGAUUCGCGGGAGAAGGAGACCAAUCGCGAGACGCGUGGCGUUAAGAGAAAACGCGAGGAGAUCAACAAAAAUCGCAUGCAUUCCGAUGACACGAAUGCAUUUAACAUAGGUAUUAAACGUAACAAAAAUGUAGAUGCUAAAAACGAUACAAGUUUGGUAGUGAGAAAUGUUAGAAAAAGCACUGAGGCUGAAAACAGUCACGUACGCAAUGAAAACUUCGAUCAGCACUUAUUGGAACUGGAGCAGCGCAUUACCAAGGAGAUACUAACAUCCAAGAUAGACGAGCAGGAGAUGAUUAAGUUGCAGGAGAAGAUCAAGCAGGAGAUCGUGAACACCAAGUUCUUCAAGGGCGAGCAGCAGCCGCGCAAGAAGAAGCGGAAAAACCAGAGGGCUGCCGCCGAUGCGCCCGCUUAUCCGAGGAAUGGCAUCAAGGAGAGCUACAAGGAUGGCGGCAUCCUGCCGCGCAGCACGGCAACCGUCAAGGCCAGGAGCCUGAUGAACUUGCACAACAAUGAAGCCGGACGGCGGGCGGUGAUCAAGAAGGCCAGGAUAACCUGCAAGUGCCACGGUGUGUCCGGUUCGUGCAGCCUGAUCACCUGCUGGCAGCAAUUGUCCUCCAUCCGGGAGAUUGGCGACUAUCUGCGUGAGAAGUACGAGGGCGCCACCAAGGUGAAGAUCAACAAGCGUGGACGACUCCAGAUCAAGGACUUGCAAUUCAAGGUGCCGACCGCUCACGAUCUUAUUUACCUAGACGAAAGCCCCGACUGGUGCCGCAAUAGCUACGCGCUGCAUUGGCCGGGAACACACGGACGUGUGUGCCACAAAAACUCGUCGGGAUUGGAGAGCUGUGCCAUCCUCUGCUGCGGCCGGGGCUAUAAUACAAAGAACAUUAUAGUUAAUGAGCGCUGCAACUGCAAAUUUCACUGGUGUUGCCAGGUUAAAUGUGAUGUUUGUACAAAGGUACUCGAGGAACACACAUGUAAAUAGGGUUAGAGAGCGUUGAACAGCGUUGAUUGAAUUCAAAAAUGUCUUAAUGUUUGUGACUAAGCCAUGAAGGAAAUAAUCGUAUUUAAACAAAUAAUUAUUUAUUGAAAUUACAUUUAAAUUAAUGAUUGUAUUUAAUAAUUUCUACUCAUUUACCGGCUUUUAAGCACUAUCAACAUCAAUCGGCGGAUAACAUUGAAAAGCCCCCCAUUUUAAUUGCAAAACCAUAUUGCUUCUUCUUAAAAUGCUAAGAAAUGAUAAACAAAAAGAAACAAAAAAGAAAACAAAAAAAAAAAAACACUGCUAAACAAAACCACCUUACUUAUGUAUAGCUUUUAGAAAU